AUGUUGUGAUUUUUAUUCUUUCUAGGUAUUGAAAGCCAAUAAUGGGUCGUGUUAUUCGUGCACAACGUAAGGGCGCUGGGUCCGUCUUCAAGGCCCAUGUGAAGAGGCGUAAGGGAGCCGCUAAAUUGAGGCCUCUAGAUUUUUCUGAACGUAAUGGAUACAUUCGUGGUGUGGUUAAGGAAGUCAUCCAUGAUCCUGGCCGUGGUGCUCCUCUGGCUGUUGUACACUUCCGUGACCCCUACCGCUACAAGGUACGCAAGGAGUUGUUUAUCGCGCCUGAAGGUAUGCAUACCGGCCAAUUCGUGUACUGUGGCCGUAAAGCUACAUUGCAAAUCGGCAAUGUGAUGCCCUUAUCAGUCAUGCCUGAAGGUACCAUCAUUUGCAACUUGGAGGAGAAAACUGGUGAUCGUGGCCGUUUGGCGCGUACAUCUGGUAACUACGCUACAGUAAUUGCCCACAAUCCCGACACCAAAAAGACCCGUGUUAAACUGCCGUCUGGCGCCAAAAAGGUGGUGCCCUCUGCCAAUCGUGCUAUGGUCGGUAUUGUUGCCGGUGGUGGUCGUAUUGAUAAGCCUAUCCUGAAGGCUGGUCGUGCAUACCAUAAGUACAAGGUGAAACGUAACAGCUGGCCCAAGGUUCGUGGUGUGGCUAUGAACCCCGUUGAGCAUCCUCACGGUGGUGGUAACCAUCAACAUAUUGGUAAAGCUUCGACCGUUAAGCGUGGUACAUCAGCUGGUCGCAAGGUCGGUCUUAUCGCUGCCCGUCGUACCGGUAGAAUACGUGGUGGCAAGGGUGAUACCAAGGACAAAUAAGCUGAAAGAUGAUCACAAUGUGUGCAUUGUUGUAGGGAGCAAAUGUUGUAGAAUUGAAGAGUUUGUGUUUAUGCUGGUGAAUUUAAACAAAUUGGGACAGAAUCACCUUUACACAGUAAAAAUAAAAAUAAUUUUUAUUCUAAAAAAUUAAA